AUGUCAACGUCGACUUACGUCGCCACGUAUUUACACUAUAGUGCACCUACCGCUCGUUAUGGGCCAAUGCGUCCCACUUGCCCAAGCGACACUAAAGCAGUGUCGUUAACAAUGUCAUUUUUGGCAAGGCAUUUCAUCCAAACGUGGUGCUAUUUGUUGUACAUUCUCUGUAGCACCGUCGUAAUAGCGCUCAAUUGUCAUCAUCCGUUUGUUCCUGAAAAUGGUUAUGUCACAUUCGACGUUCCGGCUCCGUAUAUUCCAAACACCAUUGCCAAGUAUAGCUUAUAUCAUUUAUUCCAUUUCGUGAAUUUCAGUCAUCGGGCAACUCUAGCGAUUCUGUGGCUCAUAGACUUUGCACCAUCACCGAUCACCUUCAAGCUGAAAUGGUUGCCUGUACAAGUGAAAAUCGCAAUCAACAUCGGCACGGCAUCUCAAAUGGGUUCCAGAACUUCCAAUCAAUGUGAUAUUUCACACUACUCUUUUACCGAAAACGCGACCGUAUACCUCCCCUGCAGAGUGGAUGACGUCACCAAAGUUCGUAUUGUUUCUGAAUUUCGUCUGCAUUUGUGUACUGUCAAAGUAUUCGCCGUCAAUGCUGUGUCGAUAUGGCAAUGUUCACAAUCGACAACAAUGCAGGUGUUGGGUGUAUUCGACGGACUGUGCUACAGUUCAUCACGUGACGAGAAAGCUGACUGGCAAAGAGCUCAACGAAAAUGCCUGGAUAGAGGUGCAACACUUCCGAUGAAAAUAACCGAGAUAGCACGACGAGGUGUUCGAUCGGCAUUAACUACCGCCGGUCUUCACAGCGACUACUACUGGAUUGGUGCUUCCUCAUCGCUGACAAACUGGCGUUGGACAGACGGUUCUGUAGUGGAUGAGGAUGAAGCUGAUUGGUCCACCACUGCCAUUUUGCCAUCAAUUCAUCCGGAGGCGAUUGUGUUAGCUCGAGUAGUUGACUGGAGAUGGAUCCCAUCGACGCAGAAAGUCUGGAAUUCGUUUUUAUGUCAAAGCAAACCGAAGUCGUGCACAUUUCCGGGAGUCGAUGCCGCAGGUCGAGUCUCGUUUACAUCGCAGAAUUUGCUCAUCGGAACUUAUGCGAUCUACUCGUGUGAGAACGGUUACGAAAUAGACGGUCUUGCUGAGCGAAGAUGUGAAGAGAGUGCUCUUUGGAGCGGAAACAUACCAAAGUGUAGAAAGAGAAAAUGUGGUCAUGUUGAAGAGUGGAAUGGUGAAGGAAAAAUUCAUCUCGUAAAUGGUUCCACGGAAUUUGGCAGUGAGUAUGCCAGAGUGGAACGAGCAGUUCUUAUAGAGCCUUUGUUCGCUUUAGAGAUAGAGACACCGCGAGCAUGCACCUAUCUGUCUGGACGUUUUACUUUCGUAAUGUUUGUCGUUAGCCACGGGCAUCUUAGUGUAGCCACGAUUGAAUACGUUUGUCCUAAUGGUUGGAAAUUGAUCGGCGUUGAGCGAAGACGAUGUCAAGAAGACGGCUCGUGGAGUGGAUCGGCUCCGUUUUGCAAAGUGGUAGAUUGUGGAGCACCGCCCACAAUAUCGAACGGACGAGUUUUCACGUUGAUGACAAUAUUUGGAUCGCAAGCGAAUUAUUCUUGUCUUGAUGGCUAUCGUCUUAUCGGUCAUGACAUUGUGACUUGUGGUUCGAAAGGAAUUUGGGAGCCGGCAAUUCCUGUCUGUUACGGCAAGUUUUUAGGAUGUAAGAUAAAUCUAUAG